CGGCGCCGCGCGCCUGCGCGGGCGGAAGGCGGGGGCGGCGCCAUGAUGCGCCUCCAGGGCGGUCUUCGUGAGCGGUCCGCUUUCCUCCCCUCCCGUCUCGGAAGUCCGUGCCAGUGACCGGAGGCGACGGCGGCAGCAAGCUGGUUACUGUGGCCUAGAAAAAUUCUGCAAAAAUGUCUCUGUACCCAUCUCUUGAAGACCUGAAGGUAGACAAAGUAAUUCAGGCUCAAAGUGCCUUUUCUGCAAACCCUGCCAAUUCAGCAAUUUUGUCUGAAGCGUCUGCUCCCAUUUCUCAAGAUGGAAAUCUCUAUCCUAAAUUGUAUCCGGAGCUCUCUCAGUACAUGGGCCUGAGUUUAAAUGAAGAAGAAAUACAUGCAAAUAUGGCCAUGAUCCCUGGAGCAUCAACUCAGGGGUUGGUAGCAAGACCUUCCAGUAUGAACUAUAUGGUGGCUCCUGUAACUGGUAAUGAUGUUGGAAUUCGUAGAGCAGAAAUUAAGCAAGGGAUUCGUGAAGUCAUUUUGUGUAAGGAUCAAGAUGGAAAAAUUGGGCUCAGGCUUAAAUCAGUAGAUAAUGGUAUAUUUGUUCAGCUUGUUCAGGCAAAUUCUCCAGCCUCGUUGGUGGGUCUGAGAUUUGGGGACCAAGUACUCCAGAUCAAUGGGGAAAACUGUGCUGGCUGGAGCUCUGAUAAAGCACACAAGGUGCUCAAACAGGCUUUUGGAGAGAAGAUUACUAUGACUAUUCGUGACAGGCCCUUCGAACGUACAAUUACUAUGCAUAAGGAUAGUACUGGACAUGUUGGUUUUAUUUUUAAAAAUGGAAAAAUAACAUCCAUAGUGAAAGAUAGUUCUGCAGCCAGAAACGGUCUUCUCACAGAACAUAACAUCUGUGAAAUUAAUGGACAGAAUGUCAUUGGAUUGAAGGACUCUCAAGUUGCCGACAUAUUGUCAACGUCUGGGACUGUAGUUACUAUUACAAUCAUGCCUGCCUUUAUCUUUGAACAUAUUAUUAAACGGAUGGCACCAAGCAUUAUGAAAAGCCUGAUGGACCACACCAUUCCUGAGGUUUAAAAGUUGUGGCACCAUGGAAACUUGGCAGAACUUCUCCAGUUUACUUCUUUGGCAACUUAACUUUAUAUUCUGCACAUGAAGCUUCCUAGGAGCCAGAGAGCAAAUGCUGCAUGAGGACCUUUCUGUCUUACAUGAUGGCUGGGAAUCUUACUCUUUGAUCUGGUACCUUGUUCAGACUUCAAGAUAGUUGUAGCCUUAUCCUGGUUUUACAGAUGUGAAACUUUGAAAAGACUUACUGACUUUCAUAGAAUAGUUUCUCUACUGGAAACCUGAUGCUUUUACAAGCCAUUAUGAUUAGAAUGACUGAUGCAGGCUUAGCUUUGUGUUAGAACCAGUCACCUUUAUCUUAUGAAUCAAGUAGUGCUGUUCAUAUAUUACUUUAGUUCUAUGGUAUAUUUGCAUUUUUACUCUGCUACCAUAUAGUACAUUUAGAAUGAUUGCUUUUGACAGCUUUUUUUUUUUUAGUUCUGUGUGUGUGUAGUGCGUCUCUGUACAACACCAAUUAAAUAACACUGGUUUCAUUCCACGUAAGCAUUAUACAGUGUAUGUAGGUUGCAAACGAUUGUGUUGAUUAUCAUUAAAUUUUAACUACCUUCAAUUAAUAUGCUUGAACUGUCGCCUUAACUAUGUUAAGCAUCUAGAAUAAAAGCCAAAAUAUAACUAUUGCUGCCUUUCUAAAAACCAUA